AUGAACAAAUCAGUAGCUACUAGUAGCAUAUCUAACUACCUAGAUGAAAAUGCUCAUCUAGAACAUAAUGAGGUCGAAUCAGUUAUAUUGAACACAGAAUCAACUGCAAUAAAUGAUGAAAGUGCUCAUCUAGAACAUAAUGAGGUCGAAUCAGUUAUAUUGAACACAGAAUCAACUGCAAUAAAUGUGGAAAAUAUUACACUUGAUUUGAAUUCAGAAUACCCUACUGAUAGAGGCAAGUUCACUGACAACAUAACUGAUUUUAACUUAAAAAAACAAAUUAUUGCAUAUGGUCCAUGUAAGCCAACAAACCAAUAUUUUUUGAAAAAUGUCAGUUUGAAAGAAUCAGGUCGUUCUUUUUCAAUUGAUUAUUAUCAUUUGACUACUAAAACUGGAAUGAAAAUUCCAAGGCAAUGGUUAUGUUUUUCAGUUAUAAUGAAUAAGGUAUACUGUGAAACUUGUUGGCUCUUUGCUAACAGAUUGAACGGAAAUUUCAAGUAUAAUUGGAUUCAUGGUAUAUGUGACUGGCAAAAUUUGAGUACAAAAAUAAUGAAACAUGAAAAAUCCCAUCAACACUUAGAAGCUGUUCAAAUACGAUUACUCUGGGUUAAAAAUGAAACAAUCGAAAAAAAUUUAGAGAAACAAAUUUCGAUUGAAGCUCAAUUUUGGAAAGAUGUUUUGACUAGAUUAAUAAAAAUUAUUUUAUGUCUUACUGCUGGAAACUGUGCAUUAAGAGGAAAUGAAGGGAAAAAAAAUACUGUUUCAGAAGGGAAUUUUCUACGCACCGUUAAACUUCUUGCCGAAUAUGAUCCUGUAUUGAACAGAUUACUUUACACUGAAGAAAUGAAAAUAAAAUAUCUUAGUUGGAAAAUACAGAAUGAGCUCAUCGAACUAUUGGCGUUUAAUGUUAAAAAAUUAAUCUGUGACGAGAUUCGAAAUGCUCAAUGCUUUACUAUAAUAAUGGACUCUACUCAAGAUAUCACAAAAGUAGACCAGGUUAGUUUAAUUAUAAGAUAUGUUGUAGUUGAUUAUGAUGAAAAAUCUUUCAAAAUAAUGGAAUCUUUUUUGGGAUUUUAUCCAUUAAUUAAUCAUGGAGCUGAAGAUCAUGUUAAUUUAAUUUAUGAAAUAUUGAACAAUUGUAACUUGGACAUAAAAAGAUGUAGAGGUCAAGGGUAUGAUGGGGCAUCAGUUAUGAGUGGUGCAUAUACUGGUGUCCAAAAAAGGAUUUCAGAUGUUGUACCAAGUGCUUCCUACAUUCAUUGCACAGCUCAUAACCUCAAUUUGGUUAUUUCUGAUAUUGCUAAAAGCUCUCAAAAAGUAGCUUUAUUCUUUGAUGUUGUACAAGAUAUAUUUCUGUUUUUUAGCAAGAGUGCACCUAGAUGGACAUCAUUGGCUUUUGGCGAAAAGAUUGCAGAUCAAAUAAGAAAUAAAGUAUUAAAAAAAAGCUAA